AUGGGGGACGGAUUCCAGGGGUUCUGUUUGACGGAUUCCAGUCCGAUCCGUGGCCAUAUAUCGGAUACCGUAAUAGGUGGCGCCAUGGUCAAGUCCACCGAUCUAGGCCAAAAAGAGGAGCGAAAAGGGGGUCGGAUCCAGCGCGAUGCCCAAUUGAGACGAACAAGGCCUGAUCCGCAGCAGUCGCAGGGAGAUAGGUGA